GUUCUUUAGCCUGUUUGAUUAUGUCAGACACAGAAUUCAGAAUUAAUCUGUAUAGCAGUUAGGAAAACACUAUGAAUGCUGAAAAAGAUGCUGAUUAUCACAACACUUGUGAUGGAGAGAAAAGCGUUCAGCGUGAGAGACCACAUUCACCUGUCCUCAGUGUUUUAUCCAUGAAGAGUGACAAAUCAAUGAAAAUGCCAAUUCAGUUAAAAGCUGAAGGUUCUUUGAUUAACCAAAGUCCUGAGAAGAGAUCAGAUUCACCCGUUCCCAGUGUUUUAUCCAUGAAAAGUGACAAAUCAAUGAAAAUGCCUAUUCAGUUAAAAGAAGGAGAACCUCUUUUGGAUCAAAGUUCUUUGGAGAGAUCACAUUCACCUGAUCCCAGUGUUUGGUCCCUGAAAAGUGACAAAUCGAUGAAAAUGCCAAUUCAGCUAAAAGAUGGAGAAUCUCCAUUCGAUCAAAAUUCUGAGGAAAGAUCACAUUCACCUGUGGUGAGUUUUGUUGCUGAUCCCAGUGUUUGGUCCCUGAAAAGUGACAAGUCGAUGAAAAUGCCAAUUCAGUUAAAAGAUGGAGAAUCUCUAUUUGACCAAAGUUCCAGUUCACAUUCAACUGAUGCCAGAGCAACACAAAUCCAAAUUAAUUUGAGAGAUGAAAAAUAUCUACUACACCAGAGACAUAAGCUGCAAACACAUGAUCCAGAGAUCCAACAAAGAUUAAAAUCUUACAUUAAAAAGAAAUAUCAGUAUGUUUUUGAAGGAUUGGGAAAGCAGGGAAACCCAACACUCUUGAACCAGAUCUACACAGAGCUCUACAUCAUAGAGGGAGAAAUUGGAGAGAUCAGUAAUAAACAUGAGUUUACUAGGAUAGAAAAAACAUUUACGGCAGCAGGAGCAACAAAACCAAUUAAAUGCAAUGACAUUUUUAGACCUUUACCUGGACAAGACAAACCCAUCAGAACUGUGCUGACAAAGGGAGUCGCUGGCAUUGGAAAAACAGUCUCUGUGCAGAAGUUCAUCCUGGACUGGGCUGAAGGGAAAGAGAAUCAGGACGUCCAGCUCAUAUUUCCACUUCCUUUCAGAGAGCUCAAUUUGAUAAAAGACAAAAAGUUCAGUUUAGUCACCCUUCUUCAAACCUUCUUUAUGAGAGAGACAAGUUUACAUCUGAUUCAAAACUCCUCUGUUGUUUUCAUCUUUGAUGGUCUGGAUGAGUGCCGCUUCCCGUUAAACUUUCACAGCAAUGAGACUCUACAGGAGGCGACCAAAGAGACAUCAGUGGACGGGCUCCUGACAAACCUCAUUGUGGGGAAUCUGCUUCCCUCUGCUCUCAUCUGGAUCACCUCCAGACCAGCAGCAGCUGAUCACGUCCCCUCUGAGUGUGUCCAUCGAGUGACAGAGGUACGAGGCUUCAAUGAUCCACAGAAGGAGGAAUACUUCAGGAAGAGAAUCAGUGAUCAGAGUCUGGCCAAUAGAAUCAUCUCACACCUGAAGUCAUCAAGGAGCCUCCACAUCAUGUGUCACAUCCCAGUGUUCUGCUGGAUCUCAGCCUCUGUUUUAGAGAAGAUGUUGAGUCAAACAGAGAGUGGAGAGAUUCCCAAGACUCUCACUCAAAUGUACACACACUUCCUGAUCCUUCAGACCAACAUCAAACAUGAGAAAGACUAUGAGAAGAAUGUGACAGAUGAAGAUAUGAUUUUCAAAUUAGGAAGACUGGCAUAUGAGCAACUGGAAAAAGGCAACCUGAUCUUCUAUGAGGAAGACCUGAGAGAGUGUGGCAUUGAUGUGACAGAAGCAUCAGUGUACUCAGGAUUGUGCACUCAGAUCUUCAGAGAAGAGUUUGGCUGGUAUCUGGGAAAAGUUUUCUGCUUUGUUCAUCUGAGUGUUCAGGAACAUCUAGCAGCUCUAUAUGUGCAUCUCUCCUUCUACAACAGCAGCAGAAACAUGCUUGAAGCACAUGAAUCUGGAACACCGGUGACAAUGUUACACUUACACAAGUGUGCUGUCAAAAAAGCCUUAGGGAGUAGGAAUGGACAUCUUGAUCUUUUCAUUCGCUUUCUCCUGGGAUUUUCACUGGAGUCAAAUCACAGACUUCUAGAGGGGCUUUUGCUGACAAAGAAAGACAGGUCCCUGGAAAGAGAGAAAACUAUUGAGUUUCUCAAGCAAGAAUUUAAAAAACAGCUCUGUCCAAACGACUGUGCCCUUCUGUUCCUCUGUUUAAAUGAACUUAAUGACCAUUCUCUGAUUGAUGAAUCCCAAAGCUGUGGAAAACAAAAUAUGUCCCCAGAUAUCUUGCGAGUUUUGGUGUGUCAAUUAAUGACAUCAGAUGAAACGUCUGAAGAGUUUGAACUUCAAAAAUAUGGCAGAUCAGAUGACACCAUAGAAUGGGUGCAUACUGUGAUCAAAUUAUUCACAAAGGCCCGGUUGAAUGACUGUAAUCUCACAGAUAAGGGUUGUGCACUGCUGACUACGAUUCUUACAUCACAAUCCAAUGUGAGAGAGCUGGACCUGAGCAAUAACAAACUGAAGGACUCCGGAGUGGAAAUACUCUGUGUCGGGGUUAACAGAUCACCCCACGGAACAACACUUUUAAAGGAAACUGAAAGAAAGAAGCACAACAAAAUUUUUGCAUCAGCAUGUGGUUCCCAUAGCCAGCAUAAACAUAGGAACGAAAAAAGUCAAUUACAUUUACAUCACAGAACUGCUGGACUACAGGACACGGAGUGCAGCCUGGAAUCUCUGAAAAUAAAGGAAACGGAAAGAAAAAUGCACAAAAACACUAUAGCAUCAGCGUGUGGUUCCCACAGCCGGCAUAAACAUGGGAACGAAGAAAUUCUCUUUCAUUUGCAUCACAGAACUGCUGGACUACAGGACACAGAAUGCAGCCUGGAAUCUCUGAAUCUGAAGAACUGUGGAGUAACAGAAGCAGGUUGUGUUUUCCUGAGCUCAGCUCUCAGUUUAAACCCUUUGCAUAUGAGAGAGCUGAAUCUGAGCUGGAACGACAUAGGAGAUUCUGGAGUGACACAUCUAUGUGCUGCUCUGGAGAAAGUUCACUGUGCACUGGAAAUACUGAAAUUUGAAAAAUGUGGAAUCACAGAGAAAAGUUGCACUGCUUUGGCUUCAGCUCUGAACUCAAAGACCUGCAGUCUGAUAGAUCUGGAUCUGAGCAUUAAUGAUCUACAAGUCUCAGGUGUGAAGAAGCUCUGCGUUGGACUGCAGAAUCCUCAAUGUAAACUAAAGAAGCUGAGGUUGUCCAACUGUAAUGUAACACAUGAAGGUGUGACAGCACUGACCGAAGCUCUGAAAUCAAACCCAUCCCACCUGAAAGAACUUGAUCUUCUUGAGAAUGAUCUGGAAGAAUCAGAUUUUAAAGUGCUCUCCAUGAUACGUAAAAAGAAACAAAACCAACACAAAUCUUGAAGAACACAAAUUAGGAAGAUAAAUCCUAAAAUGUUUACAAAUAAAAAUAAUACAAUUAAAUCAAAACCUGAAUAUAGAAUAAAGCACAGCAUAGAGGAAAACCAAUACAUGCUCCAAUUGGUUCACUGCAGAGGAUCUCCAUUUUUUAGAAGCCACCACCCCUUUGAAAACAGUAGAUUUAUAUAUAUAUAUAU